AUUUGAGAGAGAUUAAUUAAGAGAGAUGAGAGCUAUGGCGAUGCUCAUAUUUGCAGUAUUAUUGAUCGUAAUUGGUUGCACCCAGACAGCGGAGGCUUCUAAUUAUGAGGAACCCAAAAUCGAAACCAUCCAUGUAGGUGGGAAAGUACUAUGCCAAGAUUGCACCCAAGGUUGGAAUGAAUGGGUUCACGGUGCCAAACCCAUCAAAGGUGGGAAGGUGUCGGUGACAUGCAUGGAUGAGAGAAGCAGGGUUGUAUACUACGGAAGCGAUCUGACGGACGAGAAGGGCCAAUUCGACUUGAUCAUAAACAAGUACAUCAACGGCAAAGAACUCAUACCCAAGCUAUGCUCAGUGAGGCUGGUGUCUUCCCCAGACGCCACGUGUAACAUUCUGACCAAUUUUGCUGGUGGACGCACUGGGGUGAAGCUCAAUAGGCCCAGUUUGAUGUACAGAGAUUCGGUCAAAUACACAAUUGAUCCGUUCUAUUAUACCACUCCAACGUGCGAGAAACCAGAUACUGAUGAUCACUCUGAUAAUGCCCAUGGAGGCCACUACUAAUUAAACCAGAUACUUUUUUACUUCUUAUCUUAUGCAACUUUUUUUUUUCUU